CGGCAGUUGGCUGACAAAAUCACCAACUACGCGUCGCUCGAUGAAAUCAGAAGCCUGUUGGUUUGCGGCGCACAGGUCGACGCAGUUGACGAAGUUGGUUGCUCGGCUCUUCAUCUUUGCGCUGAGCACGGUUACUACAGAAUGAUCAAAUUGCUUCUCCAGUAUACUGAAGCUGUGCAGCAGUACGAAACACCUGUGAUGGAGGCCAAUGGAAAAUAUCCAAGUCGUGAACACAUCGACGAGCCGUUACGACUUGCUAUUAAGAACGGUCACUACGAGUGUGCUCGUCUUCUUUUGGAAAACGGCGCCAGUCCGAACGCCAUUUACUUUGAUGGACCGGAGAUCACCCAUGUCAGCCCUCUCGACACACAUUUCAUCGCGCUACUGCUCGAGUACGGUGCUGAUCCGAACGUUUUUGAUCGCAAAGGCCUUACUCCGAUCAUGAAGGCUUGCAGACUGAAGGAGAACGGAAUGGAUGCAAUCAGGAUUCUGCAUAAGUACGGCGGCGACGUUAACGCUCAGGCUCACCCACGUCAGGAUCUGCGCACUCCAUUGCACUAUGCGCUUCUCAGUGGUAGUGCCACGCUCGUGAAGUUCUUGAUUGAGCUCGGCGCCAACGUCACGAUGCCGAAGGGUUACAACAAGCCGUCGAUCAUCGAUAUCGCUGUCCUCAAGGACGAUCCAGAACUUCUCAAGAUCAUCAUAGAUGCCGGGGCUGACGUCAAUGCCAUUCAUACCUACAUCGGCUCAGCUCUUCAUCUUGCUGCUUGCUCAGUUCUCGAACAUCAGUACGAGAUUCUUCGUCUUCUUCUUGAGGCGGGAGCGGAUCCUAACAUACAGCAUCGCUUCGACGACGGUUCCCAGCUGAAAAGUCCCUUUGUGGAGUAUUUCCGUUCCAGGGACCGAGGUCGAUCCACGCGUCGUUCAUUUGUUGCUGUCGUACGGCGCAAAAGUGGUUAUGCGCAGUCCUAUCAGCAACACUCGCGGUCAGCUGAGAAACUUCCAGGUUCUGAACUCAAUGCUGGAACUCGGCGAGGACUUCGACGUCAACGCCAUCGAUCGCCUACCCUGCCACUCGCUUUGAAAGGAGACAUUUUAGAACGAGCAAAGAACCCCGCUUCGUUGCAACAGAUCUGCCGCCUUAGCCUUCGUUCUAUGGUGGCACCAUUUCGACCGGAUGUGGUCUCACGUCUGCCGAUUCCAACCCAUAUGAAGGAGUACGUGCUUGGCAGGUCUCACUAA